GGGGGGCGUGGAGCCCGCGCGGUGCGGCCCCGCCGGCCCGGGAGGAGGACGAUGCGCGGCGCGCCCAGGACCUUGUGGGCACUGCAGUCCGACUCACCCAUGCGUGUUUCCUGUAAUGGACGAACUUGAUGCGAAUGUGAGUUCCAAGGAGGGUUUUGGGUCGGUGGAGAAGGUCGUGCUGCUCACGUUUCUCUCGGCGGUUAUCCUGAUGGCCAUCCUGGGGAACCUGCUGGUGAUGGUGGCUGUGUGCAGGGACAGGCAGCUCAGGAAGAUAAAGACCAAUUAUUUCAUCGUAUCCCUCGCCUUUGCGGAUCUGCUGGUCUCGGUGCUGGUGAUGCCCUUUGGUGCCAUCGAGCUGGUUCAGGACAUCUGGAUUUAUGGGGAGAUGUUUUGCCUGGUCCGGACAUCACUAGACGUCCUGCUCACGACGGCGUCGAUUUUUCACCUGUGCUGCAUUUCUCUGGACAGGUAUUAUGCCAUCUGCUGCCAGCCUCUGGUCUAUAGGAACAAGAUGACCCCUCUGCGCAUCGCGUUAAUGCUGGGAGGCUGCUGGGUCAUCCCCACGUUUAUCUCUUUUCUCCCUAUAAUGCAAGGCUGGAAUAAUAUUGGCAUAAUUGAUCUGAUAGAAAAAAGGAAGUUCAACCAGAACUCUAACUCUACGUAUUGUAUCUUCAUGGUCAACAAGCCCUAUGCCAUCACCUGCUCUGUGGUGGCCUUCUACAUCCCAUUUGUCCUCAUGGUGCUGGCCUAUUAUCGCAUCUAUGUCACAGCGAAGGAACAUGCCCACCAGAUCCAGAUGUUACAACGGGCAGGGGCCCCCUCAGAGGGCAGGCCCCAGCCGGCCGACCAGCACAGCACUCAUCGCAUGAGGACAGAGACCAAAGCCGCCAAGACCCUGUGCAUCAUCAUGGGUUGUUUCUGCCUCUGCUGGGCUCCAUUCUUUGUCACCAAUAUUGUGGAUCCAUUCAUAGACUACACUGUUCCCGGGCAGGUGUGGACCGCUUUCCUCUGGCUCGGCUACAUCAAUUCUGGGUUGAACCCCUUUCUCUACGCCUUCUUGAAUAAGUCUUUUAGACGUGCCUUCCUCAUCAUCCUCUGCUGUGAUGAUGAGCGCUACCGAAGACCCUCCAUUCUGGGCCAGGCUGUGCCCUGUUCAACCACAACCAUUAAUGGAUCCACACAUGUGCUAAGGUACACAGUUCUGCACAGUGGACACCACCAGGAACUUGAGAAAUUGCCCAUACACAAUGACCCAGAAUCCUUGGAAUCAUGCUUCUGAUUGAGAACGUGGCUCAUGACUAAGCCAUUCAUUCCCAUUCGUGUCUGCAUGAACAGGACACCCUGGCAUCUCUCCUGACCCUCAUCACCACCAGUGAGGCACGAAGCAGUAGGGCUGAGGGCCCAGGGAAGGUACAUGGAGCACAGUGUUGGACAGGCCCCAAAGCCAGAGUAUGGAGAAUCUCAGAGCUGAGAAGGGACUUCAGGCAUCCUCAGAUCCAGCCUCCAGUCCAACACAAGAGUAGCCUCUUCCAGCAGGCAUCAUCAGAUCUGGCCUCCAAUCCAACACAGGAGUAGCAUCUUCCAUAGUAUCCCUGGACGUUGGUCAGAACUCUGCUUGCACACCUUCAGGGAUGGGAGCUCACUACCUCCUAAUGCCGUUCCUUCUAUUACAGGGAAGUUUUAAUUAUAAGGAAGUUUUCCCCUUUGUUGGAACGCAAUCUUGUCUCUGCUCUAUCUUCCAUCUGGGCCCAUGCGGCUUAGCUCCCUGUUCCCCUCGAGAGCCCUUGGAUAUUGGAAAAUACUGAUCUGCCAUCCACCCACCCUUUCAAGUCUUCUCUCUAAGCUAAGCAGCUCCCAAUUUCUUCUCCACUGUGACCAUCUUCUGGACAUGCUUUGGUGGGUGAAUUAAUCAAGGCUUUUGUAAUGAAGCCAAGUUGGUAUCAAGGCCAAGAUGCCUGUCUGGAAGCACUGUUUCAAGUGCUGACAAUUGAAACAUCAGUGUUUUCUGGUUGGGAGACAUGCACAUUUCUCUUUACUUUUUUCUUGGGGAGAGAUUUGGAAACUGCUCAGGUGUUGAUUUUGGAUCCAUUACCCAAAGGCAUCUUUACAGCUGGUCUAAUUUAUAUGUGUGCUUCAAGAUGACAUUUUCUCAUUGGCAUACUGGCUUUGAGGUCAUGUGGAAUGAAUCUUGAUUCACUUUCCUUCCAUGACAAUGGGGAAAAGCACUGCACCUUUACCAAGAAUGCCGAUUGAGGAUGGUCUUACAACUCAGAUUUUGCAAGGAAACCAAGUUGCUCCAAUAAGACACCUGUUAGGGGCGUUCAAGACCCUGUGCUGAGGCAGUGCUUGGUCUCUGGCUGGGCACUUUGGGCCAAGACAUAAUCACAGACCAGCUUACUUUCUUGGGAAAACUCACUGACCCCCCUGCCUGGGAGGCUGCUGGGACUACAUUUUUCUACAUCUUUUUCAGUGUCUCACUUCCUCCAAGCUCCUAAAGAGAUGAUGACCCUGAUGUCAAAGCUACCAGCAAAUCAUUUUAUCUUGGGGUGAAUUAUCCCCCCAGAUUGAGACUCUGGAGGGCAAUUUUUUUCCAGUUGCCUUUCUUUUGACUGCUGAUAACAAUUCUAUUGAAAGGAUCCCCUGCCGGUCCUUAGGGACCCAACCCAGGAAGAGGCAAUGUGGGUGGGGGUGGCAGCUGUGGGGGUGGGGGUGGCAGGAGGGAGUUUACAAGAUAAAGAUGUGCCCGAAGUUCCUAGCCUCACCAGUUCUUCUUGCCCUUGUGCUUGGUCUGUUGACCCUACUUUCCUUCCUAAGUGAUCCCACAAUUGCCUCCUUAUCACCUAUUUUAUCCACGAAAGCAGAACAUACCUGAUAUUCCUCUUUUCUUUGGGCCCAGAUAUGGUGGGAAGGAUGGCUUUUGCGCUACAAGUCCCAUAUCCCAGGAGAUCCCUCAGUUCCAGGUAAAGUAGGCUGGCUGGUCACCCCACUUACGGGACCCUCCCAGACAGGACUAACAGACCUCCUUGCAGUCGCAUAUUCUUUCUGUACUUUUUCAAUGAAAAGGCAGAGCUGAGUGAACUCGGGGGUCCAGAGGGCUUCAGAUGCUCUCUGAAUGAGGUCUCUGAUCUCAAAGCACAAAGAACUUCUUAGGGAAAGACUAAGAGAUCAUCAUGAGGAGGGGUAGGCUUAGUGCUUUGAGGCAGCUGGUAAGCUUUGUUUAAUGCCCCCGAAGUUGAUAGUAUCUACUAUUUAAUACAUAUAUGCAUACGCACAUGCAUAAAUACGGUAGGAUUUCUUCCCUAUGAAAUGCUUCUUUUCCCAGGAGCUUCACAAGCUUGUCUGCUUGUGUAAAAUAUUAUUUCUUGCCGUUAGGUCUACCAUAUUAAAUGGUCUCGACAGGGAUUCGACAGAGAUCUUCAGAUUAUAUCAUAUGCGGGAAAAUGAAAACUUAUAUCAUCAGGCCAUUAUCUUUUGGACCUUCUGGAUACGCUUCUGUGGGUCAGCCCAUGACAGGUGUCUCAGUCUGUAGAGGUCAUUAGCACCCCAGACCAGUUAAAAAAAAAAAAGACAGUGGUUGAGGAAAUAGAAGCCCUUGCCAUUGUCAAAAAGAUAAUGUCCUUUGCAGAGGAGGCCUCAUAAGCCAACUUUGCUAUGUCUUUGGACCAAGGCUGGGAUGAUGUGGGCAAUGCACCCAACAGCCACAUUGGAGGUUUACAGGACAGGGACAGAUGAGCUCUGUCUGGACAGCCGCUAGCCUGGCGUUAUUUAAAUGUCUGGCUUCUGGGAAUCCAGGUAAUAAAGCAUGUUUAUGGAAGACUGAGAAGGAGACGUAGAGCCUGUCCAAGGCAGGAGGAGACGUACCCUGCUGUCUUCUCUGAGAAGACCACCUUCUUCCAGGAAACUUGAAGUGUCAAGAGAUGCUUCUGGGGAGAAGGGCAUACACCCAUGGCCACAUCUGCCAGUUUGGUCUGGACAGUUACGGUGGGGACGGCCAUUGUAACCAGACUACCCCGUGCCUGAGAUAAAGGGGCUUUACCUGCGCUUCUUCUCAACUUGACUCUCCAGCUCACAGGACUGUCCAGGUAGAAGCCCCGGGGCUCCCCUUCCAGCUCAUGGUCAGCAGCUGGAAAGGAAAAGAGAUCAAAACCAACUUCUUCAACUGGCCCCCAAGUAGUAUUUGUAGAAAAACCCAUUCUUUCUGAGAUCUCCCCUUCCCAUCUUACCAACAUUUCCACUGGCUGCUCAUUUGCUGUGUCCAGGAGCCAGUUGCUGUCGGCCUGGGAAAUGAGGGGUGGGCAUAGGGUGGGUGAGGGAGGGCCUCCGGGAGGGGCUAUAACUAAAUUGCCUUUCAUGUCGUCUUGGAGUAAGAACAAAAGUAACGUCUUCUUGGUGCUGUGUUGCUGUGCCUCUCUCUGGGGAGAGAUCAGUGCUGAUUUUCUGUUUAUUACUCUACUUUGGUCAAUGUCCUUCCUGUAACAGCUAGGUUUGGGGGGAAAGGACUCAUGAAUGCAUUUACCUUUUCUACCCACACUCUGCAAUCUCUUUUCCAUUCAGUCUAGAAAACUGAGGCCGAGUAUCUGGCUUAAAUUUAAACAAAUCAGGGAUGGAUUUCAAGGCCUGGGUUUGGGACAGCGUGCUGCUUUGGGCUUUAACCAGCUCUUGCCUCACUGGUCUCAUCCACAAAAUGGCGAAACUCUCAGAGCCGCUAGGAUUGUUGGGAGCGUUCCAACACGGGUCAUCCAAGGGCCACUGUUAGGAUUCUCCCCAAAUAUGUGUCCCGCCUGUACUGCGAUUUGCUUAAUAUUUUCCUUUAAGUCAAUUCAAGUGUUCACUUAGAUAAACUCAUUUCAGAAGAAACGUAUCAGUCCCAGACUAGAAAACCAGUAUGACUUGCCAUAAAUAGAAAGCAGGCAUAGAGAUAGAGAAAUGAAAACAAAGCAAAGUCUUAAGUUCUAACUUAAGCCAAGUGCUUUCCUUGUUUGAAAGGACCUGACUGAGCACUGGAGGGUGGGUGGGCCCACCCCACCAGGGACUCUUGCAGCUGGGAAGGACUGUGAGAGAAGUCCCCAGAGGGCAACUUCCAAACUUUACGAGUGGAUGUCGCUAAUCACGAGUGGCAUUCGAUACCUUUUGGAACCAUAGAGAGAAGUGAAACUGAUGAUAUUAAAAAAAAAUUUUUUAUUAAGUUUAUGUAUUUUGAGAGAGAGAGAGAGAGAGAGAGAGAGAGUGGGUGAGGGGCAGAGAGAGAGAGGGAGAGAGAGAAUCUCAAGCAGGCUCCAUGCUGCCAAUGCGGAGCCCAACACGGGGCUUGAACUCACGAAACCAUGAGACCAUGACCUGAGCCGAAACCAAGAAUGGGACACUUAACCGACGGAGCCACCCAGGCGCCCCAUGAAACUGACGAUACUUUUAAUGGCUAUUAUAUGUGAUUCGGUUUCUCCUUUCCCUUCCCCUCUUUUUUUAGCUCACCCCAGAAAAUAAUAAUAAUAAUGUAGCAAUAAGAGAAGCUAACAUUUACUGAGCUCCUUUCUGCUAGGCUCUGUGUUAAGUGCUUUAUGGGGAUUAUCUCAAUCCUCAUAAAAUCCUUUCAAGAAGUACCCAAAAUUCUCCAGCUUUGCAGCAGAGCGACCUCAGCCGAGGUCUGGUGAAUAGCCCGGGCCGAAAGUGUGCGUCUGGGGAGCGCCCCCCGGGCUGCGUGAUGGUCAGCCCACAGUCCCAACCACAGGCCCCUCGUCCCUUACCGGGGUGAACUCACUCCACUGUCCCCUGCCGGCCGGAUGCUGGAAGAGGAGUGAGCAAGCAAGGGUGGCCCCUGCCUUCCUGUUGAUGGGAAGUUCCUUUGAGCCUCAGCCUGGGGCCCGGAGAGGCAUCGGGACUUACUGUUCCUGUGUGCCGCCCUGCCUGGCACUCGCUCUGGUGUCUUCUUUGGUUCCCUUUCACUCUCUGAGCCUCCAUUUCUGUCUUUAAACCUGGGAGGGAUCUGGCAGACCGCUGGUCGGGGAGGAAAGGCCCUCCUGCGCUGAUCUCUCCCCCUCUUUGCGGUAACUCCCCUGCCGCCCGGGCUACAGAAAAGCCAGCAGCGGGCCCUGAGAACGAGGUAAGUGAGCCAAAGAGAGCAUUUGGCUUUUGUAUCUCAGACCCUCCAGGCGUGGCUCCGGCGGAAGGCAGCUUGACGUUGCCAAAUCUGUAGUUGGAGCCUGGAACGCUAUCUGGACAGGCUCCUCUGUCCCCGGAGCUCACCACUGCAGGCACUUUACAAGUUUCUCGGCAUUUUCCCAGCGAGGUCCCUGGGCCUCUCACAGCAACCAGCGGGGAGGGAUUACUGACAGCAUUUUAUAGAAAAGGAAACCGUCUGUCAGGGAAGGUGAUUUGCCCAAGGACACAGGAGUCGGGGCUGAAACACUUUGGACCACUCCAUUCUAAAAGAGUGCUUUCUUCCUCCCCUUCUUCACGUGUGUUUCUAAAUAUACAAAUUAUAUAUUUUUAGACAACAUAAAUGAUGGGUUACACACAUAAUGUAUUUAUGCAGUCCAUUCCCAUUAUAAGGAGUUCUAACUACAGAUACAGCAAAAUGCCCCUGGACUCCAGCUCAAUCCCCCUCCCCUCCCAAGAAGUAACCGCUCUUCUAUCUGGCUUAUGUAACUCACGGACGUGUCCUGUGUAUCCACAUAUGUAUAAAUGUACAGAUAAAAAUCUAUGGUCUUGUUUUGUUGUUAUACAUAAAUAAUGCUUGUGUAUCAUGAUCUGCAA